UGAAAAAAUAAAGACCCAUCCUUUUCCAUGCUACCCAGGGAGGGAUUCAUAUGAUAUUGCAUUCUAGUCAUAACUGAAAGGGAAAAAUCCAGAGACUUGAUGUCCUGCAAAUGAAUGAGGAGGAUGUUCUCAAAUUCCUUGUGGUAGGUGGCACCAACCUUGACUUCCAAAUGGAACAGUAUAUCUACAAAAGAAAAAAUGGCAUCUACGUCAUAGAUCUGAAGAGAACCUGAGAGAAGCUUCUGCUGGCAGAUUGUGCCUGUGUUGCCAUUGAAAACCUGGCUGAUGUCAGUGUUAUCCCAUCCAGGAGUACUGGCCAGCGAGCUGGGCUGCAGUGUGUUGAUGCUACUGGAGCCACACUUAUUGCUGGCCAUUUCAUUUUUGGAAACUUCACUAACUAGAUCCAGGAGGUCUUCUGAGAACCAAGACCUCUGAUGGCUACUGAUCCCAGGGCUGACAAGCCUCUCACAGAGGCAUCUUAUGUUAACCUGCCUACCAUCGCUCUGUGUAACACAGACUCUCCUCUGCACUAUGUGGACAUUGCCAUCUUGUGCAACAAGGGAGCUCACUAAAUGGGUCUGAUCUGGUGGAUGCUUGCCCAGGAAGUUGUUUGAAUGAAUGAUAUCAUAGCCUGUGAACUUAGGGAUAUCAUACCUGAUCUCUACUUCUACAGAGAUCCUGAAAAGAAAGAGCACACCUCUGCUGAAAAGACUGUGAUCAAGGAGCAAUUUCCAGGCAAAGAAGUUUUAUCUGCCUCUAAUCAGGAACAUGAGAAUGGCAGUGGUUCUGAGGAAGUGUGCUACACUGUCAUUAGUCACAGUUCCUAUCGGAGGCCCUCCCUGAGCUCCAACGAUGAUGGUUAUGAGAAUAUCGACUCCACCACAAAGACAGUGAAGCCAUUUAGAAAUGGGCCCGAAACAGAAUAUGCCCUUCUCAGGAUGACUUGUGCUACUAGGCCUUCUUCCUGUACCGCUGACCAUGAUUAUGAACUUGUGCUUCCCCACUAGAAAUCUCAUGCUUCCACUAAAAAAGAUGAUACAAACUAGUAGCCUCCAAAGGAGUGUUUCUGCAUCUCUGAAACAUGACAUCUUUGUGGUUUGGGUUAAGCCAUAUAAAUUGACAUAAGGUUAUAGAGUAUUCUACAUUUCUUUGUAAGGUUUGAGGACAUGGAAAUGGUGGAAUCUUCCUAGGGCAUUGAACAUCCAUCAAUAUAUGACCUAACAUCCAAUUCCAACACUGCUCUACAAAUUUCAAAUGACAAAAUUUCCACUCAUAAUCUAUUUCAUUUUUGAGGUAUAAUCUACUCAAUAAACUUUUAAAAUAUAAGAUCAAUGACCAGACCAUUUGUUAACCUGAUUUUUACUUAAAUUUUGAUUUUUUUCACAUAUUGGAAGUUUUUGCUUGUUAAUUUGAGGUCACAGUUCAAAAAUCCAUAGGUUUUGAUAUUGACCUUUCUGAGAGGAGAAGCUGGGAGUCAUUAUAAAAGAAUAAAUGUAUCAAAUU